AUUCCCCUAGCGGCUCCGCAGUGUUUUCAAUCGCAGCAAUUACUACGGAAUGUGGUAGCCCGGCUGCUUGGAGCCGGACAGAGGGGGUGGGAAUAAUAAAACGUUAGGCGUGUCGGCGUCUGUUUUUUACGUGUCGACGCCGAGAAUUGUGGUUUCAUCGAUCGUUCCGGUACCGAUCACACAUCGUAGUGACGGCGGUAACCUGUUCCCUAUGAAUUGCCUCGACCGGAUAACGGAAUGUCAAGAGUGCACGUGACCGCGACGCCGCGACGCUCCGAUGCCUGGAUCGUGGAUGUGCGGCGAUAGCGUAUCUUGACGAGGUAAAGCGGAACAUUGGAGCUGACCGAGACUACGUCGUGCAGCGUCGCGAUACAUGUGUCCGUCGUUCGUCAGCGCGCGAGGGAGGGUAUGCUCUUAUGGGGUAGCGAGCGGGCGGUAGCCUUUGUCGUGGAAUGGAGACGGAGAGCGUAAAGUCCGGGGCUAGCGAGCAUAGCCAUAGCCACCACAGCAGGAGCUCCCAGAAGCAUCAUAGAUCUCACAGUUCAAAACAGCAUCACAGACAGCAUUCUCACCGCACUACUAGGAGCAAUCGAAGUCAAAGAAAGGAGAGACAGAAUUUGGAUACUAGUGAAAUGGCUCCGUUUCAAACAACAGUCAAUGUACGAGGAGAUAGUGUGGAUAACAUGGGUCAAGAAGUGAUCGAGGUGCAGAUACUGCCUCAGGAUGAGAAUUGGGGAGAGAACACUACAGCCGUCACUGGCAACACCUCAGAUAGGUCAGAAUCGACUGAGGAUGUAAGCCACUGGCCAAACGAAACCGAUAGCACGUUUGGUUCCAGCUGCAAUCGCUAUGUUGGUCCAAUCGUGGCAAUGAUACUCGGGAUAAGCGCCUUUCUUAGUCCUAUAGCCAUGGUCAUUUUGCCUAAACUGGGAUUCUUUCCCGACUCGACAACGGUAUUGACAAUGCAACAGAAAUUGCAUCUACUGUCAUGCAACGCCGAGUGUAAAGGCGAACUGCUAGGAUUGGCCUUCAAACUGGUGCUACUGGUCAUCGGUAGCUGGGCAGUGUUCCUGCGUCCACGAACCGCUACCAUGCCACGCAUAUUUUUAUUCAAGGCGGGAGUGCUGCUGCUCACCACCCUGUGCAUUUGUACUUAUUGGCUUUUUUAUGUUGUACAGGUCACCGAGAGUGCUAAGACUGUUGCCAAUGGCGAAAUAACAGAGUACAAAAGUUUAGUAAAUUAUGCAGGUACCCUUGCCAAUACACUCCUGUUUAUACAUUACACCGCAGUGCUCCUUAUCGAAGUUCGUCAUUUACAACCUACGUUUUAUCUUAAGGUCGUUAGAUCACCGGAUGGUGAAUCGAGAUCUUAUGCGAUUGGUCAGUUAUCGAUACAGAGAGCAGCCGUAUGGGUACUAGAAAAAUACUAUACAGAGUUUCCAAUUUACAAUCCAUAUUUGGAAAGGUUGCCGGUCUCGAAGUCUGGUAGAAAGCAAUCAAGUUUCAAGUUUUACGAGGUUGACGGUGGAGUGACCGGUGGUAUGCAAUCGCGCGCUGGAAGCGGAGACCGGGCAGUCCUGACAGCACAAGCGCGUCGUCGUGAUUCGAGUCACAAUGAGCGCUUCUACGAGGAGCAUGAUUACGAACGGCGAGUGCGGAAACGUCGCGCAAGACUCAUCACUGCCGCCGAAGAGGCGUUUGCGCAUAUCAAACGUUUGCAUUCCGAGAUAGAAUCCACGCCAAAUCCUGGACCGAUGGAUCCUAUGGAAGCUGCGCAAGCGGUGUUUCCCUCUAUGGCAAGAGCUUUACAGAAAUAUUUAAGAAUCACCCGGCAACAGCCGCGUCAUUCAGUAGAAUCUAUUUUGAACCGUCUCGCCCGAUGUUUGGCUCAAGAUGCGGCGCCGCGCGCUUUCCUAGAACCAUUCUUCGCUGCGAAUCCGGUAUUAUCAAAUGAGAAAGAGAGACAAAAACGAUCUCAUCACUGGGCCUUGGUAUGCGAAGGAGAGCUACCCUCUCGCCCGAUCGCUAACGGUUGUGAGUUUCAGUUGAGACAGGGCGAAGUGGCACUCUUGUGUACAGCACAUAGAUUACCGCAUUUUAAUCUCACCGAACAAUUGGCACAUCCUAAAUCGAACAAAUUUCUUUUGCGUUUGAACUCUGAAACCUCGGUUUAAGAUACUCGAUAAAAUUUAUCCUCUGACAUUUACGAAAUUAAAUAAAAUUAUUCUAAAUAAAUGCUUGAAAAGAUUUUUUGGCACAAAUGAUGUUUUAAUCGAGAUAAUGUUUUAAUAUAAAAUAUUUUCUGUAACGAGAGAGAGCAUUGUUGAAGAUUGUUUUGUGUAAAGAUAUGAUAUGAUAAAUAUUAGAUUUUAUCUCGCGCAGAAAACAUUUUUAAAUAUUAUUUUGAUUAAAUCUUAUUUGCGCUAAAAUUCUUUUAGACCGAAAUGUUUACAAGAUUAAAUCUUUUUAGAAUAUUAUUUAAAACCUCAGUUUAUUGAAACGUGGACUGUUGAACAACAAUAUAAUAGUACUUAGAUUCUAAUACAAUAGAGAGACUGAGAGAAGAUAGGAGAAUUCGCCAUCAUUUUCUUAACAUUUAUGAUAUUCAUUUCCUUUCUUCAAAAAAAAUAACAUCACAUUAAUAAGUGAUCCAUACUUCUGAACAUACCUUCAAGUAAUUAUUACGUAUAAAGUAAUUAGUUUUUACUGUAACAAAAUACUCGGUUCUUUGUUUAUUUUUAAGU